AUAAAACAGACACAUGUUAUGUGUUAACUGCACAGGCUUCCAUGGGUUCGAUACAAAAGAAGCCACAUGCCUUGUGCAUACCAGCGCCAGCACAAGGCCAUAUCAAUCCAAUGCUAAAACUUGCUAAAAUCCUCCAUUCCAAAGGGGUUCAUAUUACCUUCGUUAACACCGAAUUCAACCAUCAACGCCUCCUUAGAUCUCAGGGCUCCGACGCCCUACAUGGUCUCCCUUCCUUUUGUUUUGAAGCUAUUCCAGAUGGCCUUCCGCCACCAGAAAACCCUGAUGCCACCCAAGAUGUUCCAUCCUUAUGCAAGUCCGUCGAUAACACUUGUUUGGGUCCCUUUAAAAGUCUCCUCACAAAACUGAAUGCUUCAUCUUCUCCGGUGACUUGCAUAGUGGCUGACGUUCUUAUGGGCUUCACCCAUGAUGCAGCUACGGAAUUUGAUAUCCCCGAGAUAGUCCUAUGGACCAGUGGUGUUGGUUCUCUUAUGUGUCUUCAUGAGUAUCCCAAUCUUUUAGAGAUAGGUUUGAUGCCAAAAGAUUCGGGUGUUUUAGAAGAUGGGUAUUUAGAUACCAAGAUAGAUUGUGUACCAACCAUGCCUGGUAUACGUCUAAAAGACAUGGUUUCAUUCUUUAGAAAUACCAACCCUGGUGACGAAUACAUGAUUCAGUUUUUGUGUUUACAAGUUGAGAGAGCAAAAAGAGCUUCGGCCGUUAUAUUCAACACCUUUCAUGAACUAGAAAGUGACCUUUUGGAGAUGCUUGGUUCAAUAUUUCCUCCAUGCUAUGAAAUUGGUCCUUUGAAUUUACUAGAGAAGAAACUUGUUGAUGAAUCUGUAUCAUCCCUCAAAUCAAAUCUUUGGAAGGAAGAGCACGAAUGUUUGAAAUGGUUAGAUUCUAAACCACCAUCGUCAGUUAUUUAUGUGAAUUUCGGUAGCAUCACAGUGAUGACACAUCAACACCUGGUCGAGUUUUGUUGGGGACUUGCAAAGAGCAAUUAUUCGUUCUUAUGGAUAAUACGUCCAGACCUCGUGGUUGACAACUCUGCCAUGCUUCCACCAGAGUUUUUGGAAGAGACAAACAGUAGAGGGAUGUUGGCUAGUUGGUGCCCACAAGAACAAGUUCUGAAUCACGCAUCGAUUGGAGGGUUUUUAACACACAGUGGAUGGAAUUCGACACUUGAAAGUAUUUCCAGUGGAGUCCCAAUGAUUUCUUGGCCAUUUUUUGGUGACCAGCAACCAAAUUGCUGGUCGUGUUGCAACAAGUGGGAGGUUGCCAUGGAGAUUGACAAUGAUGUAAAGAGAGAAGAAGUUGCCAAUCUUGUCAUUGAGUUGAUGAAUGGAGAAAGGGGGACCGAGUUGAGGAAGAAUGCAAUCGACUUGAAGAAUAGCGCUGAAAAAGCAUGUGCCUCUCCUUUUGGUUCAUCCAUUGUUAAUUUGGAUAAAAAGACCAUUGGUUUACUCAAAGUGAUCGAUGUUAUGUUGUAG